CGGUCCCAUAUAGCAAUGCUUGACCCACACUCUAUAAAAACGAAAUAACUUAUGCAAUGAUGUUACGUAACUUAGCCCUAAAGGGGAAAAUAGAAGUUUCUGAACCUUCCAAAACUUUACGUGCUCUUAAUUUCUCUACUCAAAUCAAAAAAGUGCUGAAUCUUGAUUGUAUUAGUAAGCCUUUGAAAGAAGCUGAGUACGCUGUUCGAGGUAGCAUACCUGCACGAGCCGAAGAACUAUUUUUGCAAUUAAAGAAUCCCCAGCAUAGGUUCCCUUUUCAACAAGUUGUCCGCUGUAACAUAGGCAAUCCACAGGAACUUCGACAGAAGCCUUUAACUUUUGUAAGGCAAGUAUUAGCCUUAGUGGAGUGCCCGUAUUUAAUGGAGGAAAAGAAUAUGGCUCAGACUUUGAAGCUGUUUCCUAAAGAUGCAAUUAAAAGAGCCCAAAGUUACUUUGAAAAUGGUAUGGUAAGUUCCGGUUCCUAUACCAUCUCGCAGGGAAUGACGUUUAUUAGAGGGCAUGUUGCCCAGUUUAUCGAAAGACGAGAUGGGUUCCCUUCAGAUCCUAACAAGAUUUUUUUAACCAAUGGUGCUAGUCAAGCCGUUACGUUUGUGCUUCAACUUUUAAUUUCUGGCCUUGAUGUCGGAAUCAUGAUUCCCACUCCGCAGUACCCGCUUUAUUCUGCAACAUUAACUCUUUUGAAUGGCGUCUCCUGCCCUUACUAUCUUGACGAGGACGAUGAUUGGUCAAUCUCGAUUAACGAGUUAAGAAGAUCAAUCCAGCAGGCUCGUCAAGGCGGCACCAAUGUCCGUGCGCUAGUCGUUAUUAAUCCUGGGAAUCCCGUGGGCAACUGUAUAAGCGUUGCCCGUAUGGAGGAGAUCGUCGAUUUCUGUGUCGCUGAGAACUUGGUUCUGCUAGCGGACGAGGUUUACCAGGAGAACACUUACAACUCAGCUUUACCCUUUGCCUCGUUUAAACGGGUUAAAGAGCGUAUGGGGGGCAGGCAUAGGGAUUUGGAACUUUUUUCUUUUCAUAGCACUUCAAAGGGGUUUUUUGGCGAAUGUGGCAAGCGAGGGGGAUAUGUCGAGCUCUCCGGAAUUGAUCCCGAAGUUGAAAAGCAGUUGCUGAAACUCGCUUCAAUAGGCCUUUGUUCCAGCGUGGCUGGCCAGAUUACCACCGACUUGAUGGUCGACCCUCCUGCUCCCGGAGAAGAGUCGUAUGAGCUUUUUGUCCAGGAAAAACAAAGCAUUAUUGACUCCUUGAAAAGAAGGGCGCGCCGACUUGUGGAGGUUUUCAAUUCCUUGGAAGCUGUCACGUGCAAUCCCGCCCAGGGCGCCUUAUACACUUUCCCUCAAGUGCGACUUUCCAAGAAAGCCAUUGCAGAGGCGGAACGGCGCGGUAUGACGCCAGAUGCCUUCUACUGCUUGCAGCUACUGGAAAACACAGGAGUGUCAACUGUGCCCGGAUCGGGCUUCGGCCAAAAGGAGGGCACCUUCCAUUUUCGAUGUACUUUUUUACCGCAAGAAGAAGAGUUUGACUGCUUUACAGAGCUCGUGCAAAAUUUCCACAAGCGCUUUAUGGAAGAAUAUAGUGAUAAUUCGUAA